GCUCAACUCGCGCGCUCUGUUAGCAAUGUUCUCCCCUCGCAACAAAAAUAUGUUUUAGCUAAAUAAAGCCGAAUGCAGCAUACUAUACCUGAAGAAAGCAUUUGCAAAGGUCUUAACAUGCUUAGUUUGAUGGUGUGAGCUCAUCAUAAGGAUGGCCGUGCUUGCAGUUUGGUGAGGAUUUACAAAAUCAGACAGUGAAGAUGUUUGAAAGAAGUGAGAAUCAAUUAUUUCGUUAAAUACUGGAUUGGAUUUUUACAAACGGUUCAAGUCUUUGGCUGAGCGAAGACUAAAAUAGGUUUUUUCUUCCUACGCCAGUCAACGGAUGGUGAUCACGUUGUCACCCCGUGACCCUAAACAAACCGUCAAAAUUGGUUGUACUAUGGGAUCGGGACACUCAUCUAAGAAUGAGACGUUUGAUGGAACAGGGACAGUUAAUUUUGACCAUUUCCAAAUCCUUCGGGCAAUCGGCAAGGGAAGCUUUGGAAAAGUGUGUAUCGUGCAGAAGAAGGACAGCAAGAAGAUGUUCGCCAUGAAGUACAUGAACAAGGCGGCCUGUGCCCAGCAGGACGCCAUCUCUAACGUCAUCAGGGAGGUCGAGAUCCUCAAGCAGGUGGAGCACGUCUUUAUCGUCAACCUCUGGUACUGCUUCCAGGAUGAGGAGGAUAUGUUUAUGGUCGUUGACCUGUUGCUGGGCGGUGACCUUCGCUACCACAUGCAGGAGGACCUGAACUUUACAGAGCAGCACGUGCGUCUUUACCUGGCCGAGCUGGCUCUAGCACUGGACUACCUGAGGAGUCAGUUUAUAGUGCACAGGGAUAUCAAGCCAGACAACAUUCUAUUGGAUGAAGAAGGGCACGUUCAUAUCACAGAUUUUAACAUCGCCUCUGAGAUGAAACAAGACGAACUAGCGACUUCGCUGUCAGGCACCAAGCCAUAUAUGGCUCCAGAAAUUUUCAGCACUGCCAUUGGGGAGGUCAAAGGUUACAGUUACCCCAUAGACUGGUGGGCUCUGGGUGUCACGUUAUUUGAGCUGCUCAGAAAGAGGAGACCGUUUAAUAUUUAUGCGGACACCAGCCCACAAGAAACCCUUCACAUAAUCUACAACAGCAAGGUUCAUUACCCUUCUACUGUCUCAGACCAGAUGAAUGACAUCUUGAGGCAGCUUCUCCAUACCAACCCUGAGCAAAGGAUUCAAACGCUGCAGGCCGUCCAAUCACAUCCAUUAAUGGUCAACCUUCACUUAGAUAAAGUAAAGGCCAAGGCCAUCAAACCAUUGUUUGUGCCUUCAAAAGACCAUCUCAAUUGUGAUCCAACUUAUGAACUAGAAGAAAUGAUCAUAGAGACAAAACCCCUCCACAAAAAGAAAAAAAGGCUAGCAAAACAGUCAUCUAAAAAAGACAGUUUAUCAUCUGAGAUGGUGAACAAAUCAGCUGAUGAGAGUUGCGACCUUUUUAAAGCCUUCCCUUACUACAACAGAGAGCUAAUGUUCAAUGGCAGUUCUUCCAGUGGUCAGAAUGAUUCCAAUAUGAAUCCUGAGCCAGUAGAAAACAAAUCAGCACAAACAGUUGAGUCCAGCAAAUCUGCAGAUGUCAUCAAUUCCAACUUGAGCCAGACACCUAAUGUAGGAGAUAACUUAGAGAAGACAAGCAACCUCAACAGCGCAACUCUUAGCCAUGCAACUCCUCUUAGUUCUUCAUGAUACUAAUUUGCUAUAAAAUUUGAUUAUCUUGUUUUGUCUGUACAUAAUCAUGUCCGCUUACAAUAACUUUCAUUUUGUUCAUGUUUUUAAUGAACUUUUUAAAAACUGUACACAAACCAUGGUUCAGUAAGAUAAAAUAUUGUGAUUUGUAAAAUUUGACAAUCAUAAUAGAUGUUUCA